GCCGAGAUCACGCCACUGCACUCCACCCUGGGCGACAGAGCGAGACUUCUUCUCAAAAAGAAAAGAAAAAGAAAGGAGGAGACUCAGGGUACGAGCGGAGGAGGCCGGCGCUGCCGGGACCACGAGCGUGCGGUAAACGGUCCCAAAGGCCCGGGUCCCGGCGGCCGCGCCUCGUCCCCGCCCCUCCCGGCUCCGUAGGGGGAGGAGGGGGCCGGCGGAGUUUCCCUCCCCGCCCAGCCGCCCUGGGCGGGCUUUUCGGCGGCUUCUCAUAAGCAGGUGGCUUCGUUUCUCCGGCACAGGUAGGUUUCUCUGGCACCGGUUCGGGGCCUGCCCGGACCUCGCCGUACGCUGCAGAACCUCGCCCAGCGCCCACCAUGCCCCGGCAGCUCCGCGCGGCGGCCGCGCUCUUCGCGUCCCUGGCCGUAAUUUUGCACAAUGGCAGUCAAAUGAGAGCAAAAGUAUUUCCAGAAACCAGAGAUUAUUCUCAACCUACUGCAGCAGCAACAGUCCAGGACAUAGCAAAACCUGUCCAGCAACCAGCUAAGCAAGUACCUCACCAAACUUUAGCAGCAAGAUUAAUGGAUGGUCACAUCACCUUUCAAACAGCGGCCACAGUAAAAACUGCAACAACGACCCCAGUAACUACAAAAAACACUGCAACCACCAGCCCAGUUACCUACACCCUGGUCACAACCCAGGCCACACCCAACAACUCACACACAGCUCCUCCAGUUACUGAAGUUACAGUCGGCCCUAGCUUAGCCCCUUAUUCACUGCCACCCACCAUCACCCCACCAGCUCAUACAACUGGAACCAGUUCAUCAACCAUCAGCCACACAACUGGGAACACCACUCAACCCAGUAACCAGACCAUCCUUCCAGCAACUUUAUCCAUAGCACCACACAAAAGCACAACUGGUCAGAAGCCCCUUCCACCCACCCAUGCCCCAGGAACAACGGCAGCUGCCCACAGUACCACCCGCACAGCUGCACCUGCCUCCACGGUUCCUGGGCCCACCCUUGCACCUCAGCCAUCGUCAGUCAAGACUGGAAUUUAUCAGGUGCUAAAUGGAAGCAGACUCUGUAUAAAAGCAGAGAUGGGGAUACAGCUGAUUGUUCAAGACAAGGAGUCGGUUUUUUCACCUCGGAGAUACUUCAACAUCGACCCCAACGCAACCCAAGCCUCUGGGAACUGUGGCACCCAAAAAUCCAACCUUCUGUUGAAUUUUCAGGGCGGAUUUGUGAAUCUCACAUUUACCAAGGAUGAAGAAUCAUAUUAUGUCAGUGAAGUGGAAGCCUAUCUGACCAUCUCAGAUCCAGAGACAAUUUACCAAGGAAUCAAACAUGCGGUGGUGAUGUUCCAGACAGCGGUCGGGCAUUCCUUCAAGUGCGUGAGUGAACAGAGCCUCCAGCUGUCAGCCCACCUGCAGCUGAAAACAACCAAUGUCCAACUUCAAGCCUUUGAUUUUGAAGAUGACCACUUUGGAAAUGCGGAUGAAUGCUUCAGUGACAGAAACAGGAGAGAAAUCCCUGUGGCCAUGGGCCUGAGUAUCACAGGACUGCUUGUCAUUUUGCUAACCGCAUGUCUGGUGGCCAGAAAGAGGCCCAGUAGAGGAUAUGAACGCAUAUAAAGCCCCACUUUCUUCAAAAUGUGCAAAGUUAAGGUCUUGGGAAUUCCAGCAUCAUAUUCAGCCUGAAGUGAAAGGAUUGACCUGUCUCGCUGUCUGUUGCACCCUCGUGAGCUGAUUAGGAAACCUAACUUUCCACCAAAGGGCUACCACAGUGCUAAGAAACGGCACCUCCCCCACUUCCUCCUGUUGCUUUGGGGAGGCCGUGCCAGGUGUGCUUGACGCCCUCUGCCAUACCUGAAUAUACCAGUGCUGGCUUCCGGAAUUAGGGGCAAUAGGCAGAGACAUGAGCGGCGUGCUUGUGAGAAGGGAGAAAGCAAAAACCCAGAGGGAGAACUAUGGGGAAGACAUUUACAAAUUGACUGAUUUUUCUUAUACAUUUUCAAGAGUGCUGAUUUUCAGUUUUUAAAAACAUUACUUUAAAAAAACCAAUGCAUUUCAAAGUUGAUUACAAAAUGAUUUUAAACUCCUGGAUUUCACCCAAAUUUGGUUUACUUAAAUUAUAGAUGAUCUUAAUAUACUAUUUUUAAAAAAAAAAACAUAUCCUACUCUAUUGUAAUGUAUUAUCAGUUUAAAAAAUUAGGAAACUGCCUAUUUCACUUUUUAAAUUUAAAGCACAUAUCAAAGAUCAUGGCAAAAAAAGGGGGCUCAAUAAAUGUUAGCUCUUCAGUUCCUUCAA